UCCAACGACUCUGAAGUCUGCACUCAUUCUGCGAAUAGUACCUAGGUAGUGUGGUGUGUUACUGCUGAACCCUCUCUGUCUCGUCAGGCACAGAAAUAUAGGGUUUGAGGCAACAUUGGAGGGAUCUGCUCUUCUAAUUCGUGGAAACCUGUACAUCUCAUCGGCACAGGAAAAUAGUCAGGCUCAACUGAGGUACCAACCCAGAGCUCUGGAUGGCAUGACUGAUUCACAUUUGCAACUCUCCACAGCCCAGAACCAGAACGAAGGACAGGCGGUGGCCGCCCCUGUGAUUGGCCUGUAAAUGUCCUUGCGUCAAGCUAGGGCGAGGCGAGGUUAGGCUGUGCUGCCUAGCAGGGCCAAAUGACUGGCAGGGCAGACAAGGCUACCACUUCGAUCCAUUCGGUUUGAUUCAUCCUCCUCUCCCAAAGAAUAACGCUCCUUCAACCACCGCGAAGUCCACUCCAAUUCUGGAGCACAGUAUUAUCGCGCAACCUCUACAGAUCUCUGCGAGACUGUAGGACACUCAUCAACGUUGCUUGACUGUGUAAUCAUCUUCGCCUUCCGGUCGAUCCAACACAGGCGCCGGUUCUCAGCCCUGCGCUAUUUGCGACUCAUACAGUGACCUCACCGCACGACACCAUUAACGACUCUUCUUCCUGGACACGAAAUUUGAAGCUCUGCCUCAAAUACCUCCUCUACAGAGUCGACAUUUCCAACCAGUUCAAUAUUCUAAUCUCCAAUACCUUGGGUCGCCAACGCUUUACUGUAGGCAGCAGCCUGCUCCGUUCAUAUCAUGCCUCGAAAGACAUUCGUCGCAGAUGUACAAGCAGCGGCCGAGAAGAAUAUCCCAGGAAUCGACAGUGUUGUUCGGGGACCUGACGACGAUGUUAUUGUCACCUUCGUUCCCGCCUCUGGGGCACCUUUCGAGAUUAAUUUCAUGGCACAACCAGAUGUUGCUUCGUAUCCUUCCGAGACUAUGUUCAUGGCCUACACCAAUUCGCAAAAUGCUCCUGCGGCGGCCGCAACAGUUUUUGAUGAGAUCCUAAAUUACUCCUUUGGUAUGCGUCUCCCUGAGUUGAUCACUACGGUUUCGCAGAAGCUCCAGCGAGUACUUGCAAGUGGCUCGCAAGAGGACCCUCUAGCUCUUGACGAUGACGAAGAUACUGAAAUGGUCGAUAUCGAUGGAGAAGACGAGGAGGAUGACGAAUUUGAUGACGACGAGGAAGAGGAAGACUACUAUUCCGAAGACGACGGGUUUGGACUGGAUCCAGUCAGACACGGCGUGAGCUCACACGCCGCUGUCAGAAACCUAGACCCCGAAUCGGCUAAAAACCUAAACAAUCGCAUUCGAAAUGACCUCCGAACGGCAAAGUUAGCAGGCUUUUCAGUCGGAGUCCUCAAUGGGAUGAAGGCCGAGUCAGAAAACAGCAUUCUGAGUCUGUCGAUUAGAGUUGCCAAGCUUGGACUGUCCGAAGAGGCUGUACAAGCCUGGGAUCUGGAACCGCAGCAAUACCUCGUUCUCUUGAUUCGGUACUCGAGCGGCUACAAGAGCUUUGAGGAUAUUAUCAACGAUCCUUCUAAGUCUCCUGGUGUGGCUUUUCGCGUCGGUGUUAGCAACAAAUACAAAUGCACUCUUCUCGAGGCCCUUGCGGUGUUCAGAGAGAGUUCGAAAGACGGUAACAAGCAGAAAACUGCAGAGAAUAGCGACGAUGAAUUCCAGAAAGCUACUGCAGGGUUCUCCAACAUUUUCAUCAGCAGCUCAUUGAAUGACUUCAUCAAUAGCCAGUUCGUUGCCCUGUUGAAGAUUCGGAACGCAGUUGGCGUAGGUUGGGAUGGAGAAAAACGUUACUUCAAUGAUAAACAAGGACGCCUAGAUGAUCAGGCUGCCGACCUUCCCACGGAGUAUUUCGAGGAGUCAGAUAUGCAGAAGGACAGUAUCCUUCCCACUGCCAUUGCUGCAGACCAUCUGACAGAUCAUCAAGCCAAGAUGAUCUCCUUUCCUUUCAUCGCGGCUCAGUUUGCUUUGCGGUACUUGACUCGCUGUACGGAGUUCUGUCUCGUUUGUCAUGACAAAAUCGAGGAAGACUUUGAAGCAUUGAAGCCGUAUGUCUGUAGCAAGCCUCUCUGUCUUUAUCAGUACAUGUCGUUGGGCUUUGGACCUAGUGUCGAACACGAGAUAUUGACACAGCCAUACGUGGUUGAUCUGCUUAUCAGUUUCUGCUACUCGAGCGCAUACGCCCGUCGACUUCGAGAGUAUCCGACUGGUAUGAGUCUCUCGGUGCCACCAGUGCUGAGCUCUGUAACUGUUGGGACCUAUGCUGGAAGAAUGCACACGAGAGUAAUAAAUCCCGGUGUAAAUGCUACAGUCGAGAUUCCGGAUGCUUCUUCGUUACAGAUUGAAAUCAAACUUGAUCUUCAACGCCAGGAAAUCACUUUUUUUGACGAGAAACUUAUGUGUUCUCCUGUCCGAAAUGGAGACUGGGUUGUUAUCACAGCUGCUAGUCGGCCUUCUCCAGAUCACUUUCGAGUUGAAGAUAUUUCUUACUUCCCUUUGGUAAAGCUAUCUUCGACUGCAGUUAAUCAACUUGGUAAUGAUGGCAUGGUCAUGUCAGAUCCUUCCUCAAAUCUCACAGGAGUUCCCGCAACUCCUGCAACUACCCCGCCACCCCCUUCUCUAGUGCCAGCGAAGCUUGCAACAUAUAAUCAGAACUUCGAUGAAAUGAACGAUUUGCAGAAGGGCGAGACUAUUGUCAUGCUUUUGGAAACCCUGCCAUCGAUCCGGGAACUUCGCACAUUCCUCAUCCAACAAAGUCGUGACAGCGAACCAAGCCUCAAAGCUUGGAAGGAACGCGUAUCACCAGCAGCUCUAGGGAUAGUUCGCUGGAUCAUUGCCUCAAAUCGCUCAUGCAUCGUCCAGGUUGAUAGAUGUCCCGGUCAGUCCGACACGGAAUUAGCAAUGUCAAAGACUAGACUUGACCAGCGACUAACAGGAAUCUCGGAGAGCUGGGUUCAGUUUCGAUUUGCACAGGGAUCUCCAGAUAAAGAGCAAAGAUUCUUGAAUUCUCUUCGUGCACAGCAAGCAAGCCUUGAUGCCAAAUACCCAACUAUCUUCGCCUGGCACGGAAGUGCUUUGUGUAAUUGGCACAGUAUCAUCAGAUCUGGACUUGAUUUCAAGGAGACGCUGAACGGCAGAGCCUAUGGUCACGGGGUAUAUCAUGCGAUCGACCAAGCUACAUCUGUGGGUUAUGCUCAACCUAAUACAAUUAGAUGGCACGGCUCUGAAUUGAAGGUCAAUACAGCCAUGAGUCUGAAUGAGAUCGUCAACUGCCCCACUCAAUUUGCUAGCAGCAGUCCUUACCUCGUCGUCCAGCAUAUCGACUGGAUCGAAUGCCGAUACCUUCUGGUUCAAGUUCAAGGAGGUAACUCAGGAGCUGAUAAUCCCACAUAUACGAGUCCGAUUGGCGGAAAUAACUCAUCAAAGGUCUCAAGCGCUGUAAAUCCUGCCGCCGAGGUUGAGCAAGAUCCUAAGCGCCCAGCUAUGUCGACUCUUGGCAAGCCGAUUGGUGUACCCCUCUGCGCAGCUUCAAUAUCUCGAGCUUUUCGAUUCAGCGCUGGCGACACACCUGCAAAGAAGAAGCGUAAGAAUGACUCAACUGGAAGCCUUAUACAAGUCGUUGAAUUGGAGAGUGAUGGAGAAAACAUAUCCGAUAUCGACUUUAUGUUCUCAGACGAUGAUGAAGGCGUCUCUGGCAGAGGCAAAGGCAAAUCGAAUGAAAAGGAUGUGCUAGUUACAUCGAAGGAGAAUGGCAAGCCCAUGACAGAUUUUGUCGCUGGUUGGCUCGAUCAGUCAACUCUUCCGAUGCUACAACCUCCGUUGUAUGCCACAUCGUCAGCCACAAAGACAUUGAGUAGAAAUCUGAAAGAGGUGUUGGCUAUCCAAGCAAAGACCCCCCUCCACGAACUCGGCUGGUACAUCAACCCAGACUUGAUCAGUAACGUCUAUCAAUGGAUUGUAGAACUACACUCUUUCGAUGCAAGUCUUCCUUUGGCGCAAGACAUGAAGGCAGCUGAUGUUACAAGCAUCGUCCUUGAGAUUCGUUUUGGAAAGGACUAUCCAUUCAGUCCACCGUUCGUCCGGGUUAUUCGCCCGCGUUUCCUACCUUUCCAAGCUGGAGGAGGCGGUCAUGUCACAGCAGGUGGUGCGAUGUGCAUGGAGUUAUUGACCAACACAGGCUGGACUUCAGUUUCUACGAUCGAGAGCGUUCUCCUCCAGGUCCGCGUCGAAAUGAUGAACAUCGACCGUCCGGCUCGUUUGGAGAAUAAGCACAAAGGAUCACAGCGCGAUUACGGAACCGCAGAGGCUAUCGAUGCUUAUGAGCGUUCUUGCAAGAUGCAUGGUUGGGCUAUUCCCCCUGGAUUCCGGGACUUUGCCAAUCCUGCUGCUGGUUCUAGUGAAGGACCCAGCGGAUCCCAGUAAAUUCCGACUUUGAAAAUGCAUUGCAUCAUAGCGAGAGCGAGGCGUAUUUGGACUGGAAAUACAUGGGGGUGGAUGGGAGGCGUGAUUUUCUUGCGAUUUUAGGGGAUUACAUGGACUGGCGUUUUGGGAUGGUGAUGCCUGUACGAAUUUCCCAGCAGUAGAACCAAGCAUGCAUAGUUCGGUACAUUUCAACGGCGUUUUUGCGGCACGGCAUGCUAGCAUUCGAGUUCGGGUUUGUGGGGGAAGAAAAGCAAUGGAUGCAGGGACGCAAUAAAGAGAACAUCUGCAUGAAUGGCGAUAUGGUGUUCUUACCUGCUUGCGUGUAUUCUUGCAGAUCUGAUAGAAAUAGAUGAUUCAGUCGUUCAAUUAUAAAUGCAAGAUAAUUCUCGCACUCUACUUAGUUUGCGG